ACACCUCCUGCAACCUAUAGUAAACCCAAAUUCCUUAUCCUAUCUUCAUCUUCCUCUGCUGAUUGUUGUUGCAGAAGAAAAUGGCUUCCACACUCUCCACUCUCACCCUCCGCUCCCCAUCUUACCUUUCCCACUCCCCUCGCUCUAUUUCUACGCACUCCUCCAAAUCCGCCGUCCAAUUCCCCUUCUACCCUUCUUCCGCCGCGGCCAUCUCCCACCGCGCCACCCUCCUCCGCCCCAUCGCCGCCGUCUCCGCCCCUGAAAAGAUCGAAAAGCUCGGCUCCGACAUCUCCAACCUCACCCUCGAAGAAGCCCGGCUUCUGGUCGACUUCCUCCAAGACAAGCUCGGGGUGUCGGCCGCCGCCUUCGCUCCCGCCGCCGUCGUGGCCGCCCCUGGUGCUGCCGGGGCCGGGGACGCAGCCGCCGAAGCGGUGGAGGAGAAGACGGAAUUCGACGUGGUGAUCGAGGACGUGCCGAGCAAUGCGAGAAUCGCAGUCAUUAAGGCAGUGAGGGCAUUGACAAGCUUGGCUUUGAAGGAAGCCAAAGAACUUAUUGAAGGGUUGCCGAAGAAGUUUAAGGAAGGGGUUUCGAAAGAAGAAGCAGAGGAUGCCAAGAAACAGCUUGAAGAAGCUGGCGCUAAAAUCGCCAUUGUUUAAUGGGAAAAAUACUUCAUUUGUUUCAGAGAAACUUACUUCAAUCUUGUGGAUUUUUCCAUUCUCUCUUGAUCUGAAGUCUGCGUUCUGAUAUAAACCCAUUUAGAUUCUGGCAUGUUUAUUAUGGUUUCUGUUUGCCAAAUUGUUGUCUUCUUCUUUCUUCUUCUUCAUUGGGUCUGUACAAUUUACAAAAACUUGUAAUUCAACUAUGUUUCUGUGGAGUUCAGUACAAAA